CAACCGCACGUGAAGGCGUCACAUUGGCGCGUGCGCACUAGAACUCUCUCCAGUAUCAGUGAUGGUUCCCAGCGUGAUGGUGUAUGAAUCUUAGCUGAGUUUAAAGCCGCCGUCAUGAAGGAGAUAAAUCUUUCCCAGCGGGCCUGAUCUCCUCUCCCGUCCUCCCCCUGUUGGACGGACCAACCGCAGUGAUGGACUUCAUUUUGGGCGGAGGAGCCGCCUGCGGAGCGUGUCUGUUCACCAACCCGCUGGAGGUCGUCAAAACUCGGAUGCAACUCCAAGGAGAGCUCCGGAGCCGCGGCACCUAUCAGGUCUACUACCGUAACGUUUUCCACGCGUUUUACACCAUCGGUAAAGUGGACGGACUGACCGGCCUGCAGAAAGGGCUGGUCCCCGGUCUGUUCUACCAGUUUGUUAUGAAUGGAGUCCGGCUCGGCUCGUACGCCAUCAUUGAGUCUGCCGGUCACAUCCACACUGACGGACGGGUCAGCGCGCUGAAGACCACGGUGGCGGGGGCUCUGGCUGGAGUGGUGGGCGCUGUCAUGGGCAGCCCUGUCUACCUGGUGAAGACUCACCUGCAGAGUCAGUCUACCUCCUCUAUAGCCGUUGGGCAUCAGUAUAAGCACGAGGGGAUGAUCCAUGCUCUGAAGGCCAUCUACAGGCAGCACGGGGUUCUGGGACUGUGGAGGGGGUCCAGUGCUGCGGUACCAAGGGUCAGCGUGGGGUCUGCAACUCAGCUCUCCACCUUCUCCUCCUCCAAGGAGCUUGUGGUCGACCUGCAGGUGUUCCCAGAAGGCAGCUGGUUGGUGGCUCUGAGUGCUGGAAUGAUCAGCAGCGUGGUGGUGGUGCUGGCCAUGACGCCCUUUGACGUAGUCAGCACACGGCUCUACAAUCAGCCCGUCGAUCUCCAGGGCAAGGGGAUGCUCUAUAAUGGAUUCACUGACUGUUUUUCCAAAACGCUAAAGAAGGAAGGUGUGACGGGACUCUACAAAGGCUUGGGAGCUUCCUAUUUCCGACUGGGCCCACACACCAUUCUGUCUCUGUUCUUCUGGGACCAAAUGCGUAAACUGUACCAGAAGUUCAGAUAACAGCAGGAGACUGGAAAAUGGGUCACUCAUUAGGUUGUGAGUGCAGAGGUUAAAUGAGUCUUCUUUCAUUAUUUUACAGCUGUGAGGUUAAGAGAAAACCAAGAGAUGCUCUGUUAACAAGAGAUGCUCUGUUAUUUUUUUUAUAUUCGGUAAAGAGCAAAGGUUAGCUUUUACACUCCUCUGAGAAACACUUGAAAUCUGAAGGGAAUGACAUUAAAAAACAAACAAAACACUUUGAAGCUCAAUAAUUAAUCUGACAAAUGUGCACUUUGAUUGUUUUAGUGACAUAAGUGCACCAAUUAUACAGAUGCUGUGUAGCAUCAACCCUCGUGGCUGUUUUAGAGCACUUAAACUCUCAUAAUAAAUAAUCAGCACUUUAACUUGUGGGAAAGCAUCAAGCACAGUCGUUGAGAGAUUAACCUCCAACUAAAACCCAAGUCAUUCUGAAAUGAAUGUGAGUCACGAGGGGUCGUAAGUUCACAGGAAGUAACUCAAAAGUAGUCCUGUUCACUGGCCUCAACUGGAUGCUGACUCAUCAAGUCGUCACUGACAAGACUAGGAAAUUAUAAUCGUUAUUUUAAAUUAUCAUGUGGAACAUGAAUGGAAUGUAGGAGUUUCAAUAGCUCAAAUAAAGCUAAACCUUUAUUGUGCAGUAACGUCCUGAUUGUUUUAAAUAUCACUUCUUAGGAGUUUCCCCUUCUUUCCUCUGCACGUGAAGGCGGUGCAAAACAUUAGCUGUAACCGUUGUAGUGGACGAAUUCCUUUCCAUCAGCAGCGUUCUGGAGGCCAAGAGAUGCUAACUUUAUGUUUCAAGUCUAUUUUUUAUGCAUUGCGCUUCCGAAAAGCGUCAAACUCCCUAGUUUAGACCUGGCCAGAGAGGAAGUCAAACACAAAAUCAGUGUAAAGGAUUCGGUAACUUUCUAAAUAAAAGUCACGUGCAGUAGGUCCUUUACUGUGAAACUUUUUAGCCGAUGUCAACAGAACAGAAAAGAAACCAAAGCCUUGUUGGAGACUUGCAGCCGUCUUUCUCAGUGCUUUUUAUUGUGUUGACCUCUGAAAUCACGCGUGGUGUUGCAAUUCUCCCAUGAUUUAGUGUCCUCUCGGGAUCGGCUGUGUGCAACGCUUUCACUCCCGUUUUGUGUCAGAACCUUUCCCGGUUGGGAAUGUGCUCCCAGGGAAAACGCCGCUAUUUCGUUACACGCUGCUUUUGCAGCCAGUGGAAAGAAGGGGUUAGACUGUCUUGUGUUACUUUUGGCUUCUUGUAGUUCUUUUAAUAUUUCUUUAGACUUUGGCUGAUUUUUUACUCAUUAUGACCAACAUAGCUUUGAAAAUGGUCAAUUAAUGAAGAGAAAUUGUAAGAAAGAAAAAAGCCUAAGCCAAAAAAAAUACAUUGAAAAUCAGAAAGCCUGAGGAAGUUUUGAUCAAGAACACUUGAAAGAUUACAAGAACAUUUGACUGAAAAGAGAAAUAUAAUAAAAUACGGUGAUUUAAAGCCCCAUUCCUGAACUUGCAGAUACAUGCUCUCCGUCGCCCUCUCCAGGCUUGCUGCGUAACGUCACUGUCGUAAAAUCAAAUCUCUGUCCUGCGUAAAGCCCGGAUCACACAGGAUUGUUCAUGUCACACUGUGACAAGUCCAGAACGGCGUCCCAAAGGUGUGUUUUCAUUGGUCGGUUGCAGAGAGGAGUCAGAGGCUGAUUUGGGUCGUGGGACGGCUCAAAAAGCUGUCGCAGAGCUGGUCAGACCGGAUGACCGCAAAUUUGCAAAUCACCCUCAAAUUCACAGUUUUUUUACACGAUUAUGCUCCCGGUGAGAGAUCUGGCUAAGAUGGCCGAAGAUCGCACAGUGUGAUCCGGGCUUCAGAGGCAUGUUUACUGGCUGUUUUCCAACCCACGUGCCCAAUCAAACACAUUAAGCGGUGUUUUUGCAUUGAAUAAAGUUUUAUCAGGACUGUAUAACAACUUUAGGCCCGACCAAACACGAUAACCAUUAGCAGCACGGCUAGGUCAGAGUCCGUAGUACAUGCUGAUUUUUCUAGAUCUCUCCAGCGAGGAAAAGCGGGCCCAACAUUAACACUGGUCUUUGUUCUUACUCUAUCGCAUUCUCGUUUUCUUUUCUUAGAUUCCUCUGAUCUGCCAUAAGUCUCUAAACCGCGGGUCUACCACAGACAUAUAUACGCAGUCGCCCUGUGGACUAGCGCUGCCGUGGUUGCUGACAGUCAUUUUAGAUGGGUCUCCAUUCACCCUCAGUGCAUUCAUUUCUACUAAGGAAGUAGAAACGAACAAAACACAUUUCAUCAAGCGUUGCUCAGUCUGCAUUGACUUUGGACAUUUCUACAGUCUGCUUUGGAGAGUGAGACCCAUCCGUAAAGCAACACGCAGUCAGUACUUCCGGCGGCGGGCUGCGGGUCAGAAACUGUAUAGUGCUGUAAACAGAUGUGGGACCCCAUAACACCAUCACAGCUCCGAAAAUGAACAUGAUAGAUGAGUAUAUAGAAUUUUAAAAUAAACCUUAUUUAAAGUGUAAAAGUGGCAGAAUGGGGCUUUAAAACGUUUGCACCAUAAAACAUUUAUGAAACAUUAAAUGUUUCAUUCAUUCUUCUCUGUUUAGUGAUUUCUUAAUCGUCACAGUGAGAGAAGUAAAGCUGAAACUGUGAAAAACAGGAUGUGAAAUGUAGGAAACAUCAGGGUGCUGUGUAAGGCUUUGUACAUGACUACCUCUUAUGAAUCACACAAGUGUUGCAAGAAAAUGGUUUCAUAUAUCCCAGAGAGGAGAGAACAUUCAGUGAAAAGUCACUGAAGGUCUCAGGAGUUCAUUUUGUUCCACCAGAAUCACUUUUAAUGGGAUUUUUAAAACCUCUUACAUAAUUCUGUGCAUUAAGAACUCAUUCUAACUGACAAAUAAGGCCCAGUACGUCAUUUCAGCAUCCACAUAAAAAUGUUGUAGAGCACGAAGCUGAGAUUUGGUGCUUUCUUCAUAAUCUGUAGGUAGAGAACAGGGGUAGAAUAUUCGGCAGGUUAUUGAUGGUCAUCAGUGUGACAGCUCAGCUGCUGUCACAAAUAAAAACGCACUAAUCUGCUGGAAGUAAAGGUUUUUUAAUACUUACCCUUCUUGUAAAUAAUGAGCUAAGUCAUCCUAAGAGCUAUCUAUGACAGCUUAGAUAUUAGUUGCUCAUCUCUCCACAGAAACCCACAUCCGAAUACCAGAAACAUGACUGACGUCGUGCAGCAGGAAGAUGUCUGUCGUCUCAGAGACGAUUCAUCUACAGCAAGGGCCGCUGCUCCUCCUUUUUUGUUCCGUAAAGCCUCUAAAUACUCUAAAUGACUUUAUUACAUGAGCAGAUUAUUUUGUUUAGUAAAUAAAACGUCCCUGCAGCGGCCGGCGCUCUGAUCUACACCAACAGAAGUAUCUGUGCCAAUGACAGCAACACCUGUGUGCCAACAUGCUGUCUCUACUUUAGCUGUGCUAUGAUGUUAACUAUCAUUUUAGAGGGGAAAUAUGAUGAAAAUAUGACUUUUUGUCUUUAUUAGAGUAUUUUGGCUCUAAAGUCACUAAUAAUGCAAUAAUUUGUAUGGAAAGCAAGAAGAAAUGACUCAUUUAGAUGCUUGACGUGUGUUUUCCCACUCAAAGGGACACAGUCAAAACAAAAGGGGAGUGAUGUGUGAGGAUGAAGGGAGGUAGAAAAGCAAUCCUCUGACCAAAGCCGAUCACAUGUUUCAAGACUAACUCAGGAAAUUGUGCCAACUAGUUUCAAAAGUAUGAUACGUCUGUUUUAGGUUAUUUUUAAAGAUGCUUUAAGUGAAUUAACAAUGAGCUCAGAUGCAUGUUUUGGGAUAUUCUAACAUCAUAGAGUGUUGAUGAUGCAAUAAAAUGUAACAUAUGCUCUACUGAUGUGCAGAUGUUUCCUGUGUUAAAACGUCUGGUUGUGAGAAAAUGGCAGUGUUGAUGAAUGUUACACAGGAACCUUUUAUGGAUGUUACAAAAAACAGCUGUUUAAUCACGUGGAUCUGACAGGAAGAGCUAAUAAACUCUGACUUUUUACUGGUUCAAAGA